AUGAACAGCACUAAAGGAAGACAAAGAAACUUAAACACACUCAUGCCACCCCAAUUAAAGGGACAGGGACUAUCAAGAAUAUCAAGUACAUGUACAGAUGAAAGUACAAAUAGUUUUUUAAUGGAAAUUGACUAUAACCCAGAUAUUGAUGAAAAGAUAAGGGAUGAGAUUGACAUGAGGUUCAAUCGCUCCCCAACUAAUGCGCAUUAUAAAUUUCCUAGAGAGCAGAUAAAAUUCAAUAAACAGCUUCCUGUCAUUAGCUAUCGAUCAGCUAGAGAAAAAACGCUUGAAUUUUACCGAAGGAAAGACUCACUUGUCAACAAUUCCCAUAAGAUAGGGAAUAUAACAGAUUUCUUAAAUAAAAGUCUUAAGAGUAAAUCUCCAACAAGGAUGAAAAAGACUAGCCGAAGAGAACGAAUUGGGAAAACUCCAAGUCCAUUAUCAACGGUCCUUUUAAAUAUUGCACCAAUUUCGUCAGCAACACCAAAUAAUUUAUCAGUGAAGCAUCAGAUCAAACACUCUGGGUUCCCUAAAUUAUCCAAAGAAUUUUAUAGAGGAUCUAAGUCUCCUAGCCCAACUUCUAUUCAGCUAUAGCACUUUCCCUUGAAUAGCCCGAUAACAGGCUGGCUUCAUCCCGUUAUCGGAUUAUUCAAGGGAAGAGCUAUAUUUUCUAUUAGCCAAGAUCUUAAAAGAUUAUAG